AUGCAUUUCUUAUUUCUAUUAUGUGUUUUAACUGUUUUUGCUGAAAAUGAAAGAGGACCACAACCACCACCUAAAGUACAACCAAAAAUUACUAAUAAAGUGUUUUUAGAUAUUCGUAUUGGAUAUGAAAAAGUUGGAAGAAUUGUGAUUGGUCUUUAUGGAGAAAUAGUACCUAAAACAGUAGAAAACUUCAGAGCACUAUGUACAGGUGAAAAAGGAAUUGGAAAAUAUGGAAUGCCACUUCAUUAUAAAGGAAGUAAAUUUCAUCGUGUAAUACCAGGAUUUAUUAUUCAAGGAGGAGAUAUUAUUAGUGCAAAUGGACUUGGUGGAGAGAGUAUUUAUGGUGAUAUGUUUGAUGAUGAGAAUUUUGUAUUAAACCACACUAAGAAAGGAUUGGUUUCAAUGGCUAAUUACGGUGAAAAUACUAAUAACAGUCAAUUUUUCAUUGAAAUGAUUCCUACUUAUUGGUUGGAUGGACGACAUGUUGUUUUUGGUGAAGUAAUUGAAGGAAUGGAUGUUUGUGAAAAAGUUAUGAAUCAAGGAAAUCGUUCAGGAGAAACUACUAAACCUGUUAUAAUUGAAAAUUCAGGUGAAUUAUAA